ACACCCCGUACGAAAUAAAAAUCAAAUUUGCAUACAUAUUUAAAAAAAAAUAAAUGGUAUAGUGCCAAAUUGAAUUCAAAAUAAAAGUAUUUGUUGGCAACCCUAGUUCCAAACUGCACACGUUUUCAUCUGUUUUUCUGCGACUCCAGUCUAACUGCAUACUUACUCCUGAGAUCAACUGAAAAAUGCCUGAGGCUGAACAGCAGAACGAUGCCAACGCACCUGCCGGAGCCGGUGGUGAACCUCCCAAGACGGCCAAGCAACUGGAGAAGGAGCGUCUGAAGGCGGAGAAGCUGGCCAAGCUGCAGGCAAAGCUGGAUAAGAAGGCUGCGGCUGCUCCAGCAGCGGGCGAGAAGAAGGAGAAGCCCGAGCAGAAGCGGACCAAGGAGGUGAAAGAGGCUGCCGUGUACACGGCCCAAACCGCGCCCGGUGAGAAGAAGGAUCUGAGUGGAGCCUUGCCCGAUGCCUACAGUCCACGGUAUGUGGAGGCACAGUGGUACAGCUGGUGGGAGAAGGAGGGCUUCUUCACGCCAGAGUACGGACGCGCAUCCAUAGACUCCCCCAAUCCCAAUGGCAAGUUUGUGAUGAUCAUUCCACCACCAAACGUGACGGGCUCCCUGCAUUUGGGUCACGCCCUGACCAACGCCAUCGAGGACGCCAUCACGCGCUACCACCGCAUGAAGGGACGAACCACUCUAUGGGUGCCUGGUUGCGACCACGCCGGCAUCGCCACCCAGGUGGUGGUAGAGAAGCUACUGUGGCGCGACGAGAAGCUAUCGCGGCACGACCUCGGUCGCGAAAAGUUCAUUGAACGCAUCUGGGACUGGCGCCGGGAAAAGGGCGGUCGCAUCUAUGAGCAGCUGAAGUCCCUGGGCUCCUCCUACGACUGGAGCCGAGUGGCCUUCACCAUGGACCCCAAGCUCUGCCGCGCCGUUACCGAGGCUUUCGUCCGAUUGCACGAGGAGGGUAGCAUCUACCGUAGCUCCCGACUGGUCAAUUGGUCGUGCACACUGCGAUCGGCUAUUUCGGACAUUGAAGUGGACAAGGUGGAGAUUCCCGGUCGCACCUUCCUCUCCAUUCCCGGAUACGAGGACAAAGUGGAGUUUGGUGUUCUAAUAAAGUUCGCCUACAAGGUGGAAGGCAGUGACGAGGAGAUCAUUGUAGCCACCACUCGUAUCGAGACUAUGCUGGGCGAUACAGCUGUGGCUGUACAUCCCCAAGACGAUCGGUACAAGCACCUGCAUGGCAAGUUCGUAGUCCAUCCAUUCUCCACGCGCCGCCUGCCAAUCGUCUGUGACGAGUUCGUGGACAUGGCUUUCGGUACGGGGGCUGUGAAGAUCACCCCGGCCCACGAUCCCAACGAUUACGAGGUGGGCAAGCGCUGCAAUUUGCCCUUCAUUACAAUCUUCAACGACGACGGCUACAUAAUCGGCGACUACGGAGAGUUUACGGGAAUGAAGCGAUUUGAGUGCCGCAAGAAAAUCCUGGAGAAGCUUAAGGCCCUGAAUCUAUACCGCGAGACACUGAACAAUCCGAUGGUGGUGCCCAUCUGCAGUCGCUCCAAGGACGUUGUGGAGCCGCUGAUUAAGCCGCAGUGGUAUGUAAGCUGCUCGGACAUGGCAGCCUCUGCCACUGAGGCAGUGCGCUCCGGCGAACUGAAGAUCAUUCCGGAGCACCACACCAAGACGUGGUACCACUGGAUGGACGGUAUUCGUGACUGGUGCGUGUCGAGGCAGCUGUGGUGGGGUCACCGGAUUCCGGCAUACCAUGUCAGCUUCACCGACCCUUCCCUCCAAGCCGGAUCGUCUGCUCAUGGGACAGUGAACGACGACGAGCAGUACUGGAUUGUAGCACGCAGCGAAGCGGAGGCUCUGACCAAGGCAGCCGAACGAUUCGGUGUGGACGCCAGCAAGAUAGUACUGAAGCAAGACGAAGAUGUCCUGGACACGUGGUUCAGUUCGGGAAUCUUUCCCUUCUCCGUUUUUGGCUGGCCAGACCAAACUAAGGAUCUGCAGACGUUCUAUCCCACAUCGCUCUUGGAGACAGGUCACGACAUUCUCUUCUUCUGGGUGGCCCGCAUGGUAUUCUUCGGACAGAAGCUGCUGGGCAAACUGCCGUUUAAGGAGGUCUACCUUCACCCCAUGGUGAGGGAUGCGCACGGUCGCAAAAUGUCCAAGUCCCUGGGAAAUGUUAUCGAUCCUAUGGAUGUAAUUCGUGGCAUUACGCUCGAGGGACUACAUAAUCAACUUGUGGGCUCUAAUCUGGAUCCCCGGGAGAUCGAAAAGGCUAAGGCUGGACAGAAACAGGAUUACCCACAGGGAAUUCCCGAGUGCGGCUCCGAUGCCCUUCGAUUCGCGCUGUGCGCCUAUAUCACGCAAGCGCGCGACAUCAACCUGGACAUCAAUCGGGUUCUGGGAUAUCGUUUCUUCUGCAACAAGCUGUGGAAUGCCACCAAGUUCGCCCUGCUGUACUUCACGGGCUCUGAGAAGUUUGAUACGGAGCUAAGUGCGUCUGCAGCGAUCAACCAGAUGGACGCCUGGAUCCUGUCACGCUUGGCAGCGGCCAUUGAAGCUUGCAACACCGGCUUUGAGUCGUACGACUUUGCUGCAGCGACCAGCGCCUGCUACGCAUUCUGGCUCUACGAUCUGUGCGACGUGUAUUUGGAGUGCCUGAAGCCGAUCUUCCAGAGCGGCAGCGAGGAGCAACAGACCGCUGCCAGGCGCACACUCUACGUAUGUCUAGAUUAUGGACUGCGCCUGCUCUCUCCGUUUAUGCCUUUCAUCACGGAGGAACUUUACCAGCGGCUUCCAAGGGCUAAUCCCGCUCCUAGCAUUUGUGUGGCUAGCUAUCCCAGCAAUACAUCCUGGCGCAGCACAAAGAUAGAGUCGGACGUGGAAUUUGUGCAGAAGGCGGCGCGAAUCAUUCGAUCUGCCCGUUCCGACUAUAAUCUGCCCAACAAGGUUAAAACCGAGGUGUAUAUUGUGUGCACCGAUUCGGUGCCCAGUGAAAUACUCAAACGCUACGCCAGCGAUCUGGCCACAAUCUCCUACUGCUCCAAUGUGGUCUUCGACAGCCCCGCACCGCAGGGCUGUGCGAUCCUCACCGUGACGGGCCAGUGCGAGGUGCACCUGCUGCUCAAGGGACUCGUGGAAGCGGACAAGGAGAUUGCCAAGCUGCAGAAGAAGAGCGACCAGCUGGUGCAGACGGUGGGCAAGCUGACUCAGGCCAUCCAGGCCGCCGACUACGCAACUAAAGUACCCGCCGAGGUGCAGGAGGCCAACGAGACAAAACUUUCCGAGUCGCGGGCAGAGAUCGAACGCAUCGCUGCCGCCAUCGAGACUCUGAAACUGAUGUGAACAGGGAAUGCGGUAACCGCUAGUCGGGAACAGUGGUAAUUGAUAUUUAGCACGCUUGCCUUGCCAGCUGCUAGGCUUUACUUAAAAAAUACAAGAACGCGCUUCACUCGCAAACAAAGUAAUGCAUUUCGUACAGAGUAGACAAAUCGAUUGAUGUUUUAUUUAUUCAUAACGUCCCACACAUGAAAUUUGCCCCAAUAUAAAUAAAUAGAAAAGAUAAAACUA